GCCACCCAGAUGUCAUCUCUUUCUUCCUAUCAAGGAAAUGAGCACACCUAUCAAGACGAAAUUCCUUAGCCCGAUUGAGAGAAUGAUUGGCCCCAUAAGGCCAUGAUAUGGAAAGGAGAGAGGGCUCCUUGUGUCCCAAUUCAAUAAAAAACAAACUCAGAUCCAGGACCUAUUUAGUGCGGGGAGGGCGGAGCGACAAGCGCACAAGCAUCAACUGCAGCUGCGCAUAGUCGCAUUUCCGUUCCCGCCCCGCGGGUUCUGCAGCACUGUCUGUCAUGGCGCCCGGGCUGUUAGGCUUCUGCGCUCGUCGCCUUUUGGCAGCAGCGGCGACGCGUGGGCUCCUGACUGCUCGCGUUAACUGGCAAUCCAGCGCUUCCAGGGCUGUGGUCACUCCAUCCACUAUAGCCGGAAAGCGGGCGCCAGAACCAGCCUCAGAAUGGCAGGAGGACCCAGAACCCAAGGAAGAAAACUUGUAUGAGAAGAACCCAGACUCUCAUGGUUUUGACAAGGACCCUACCAUAGAUGUCUGGAACAUGCGUGCUGUCUUCUUCUUUGGCUUCUCCGUUGUCAUCGUCUUUGGGACCACCUUUGUGGCUUACCUGCCAGACUACAGGUGUCCAGUGAAACUUUGGGACAUCUGCCCCUGCCGCUGCUACCUCCAGGAUGCACGACUGGGCCUGCCGAGAAGCUGAGAGGCUUGUGAAAUACCGAGAGGCCAACGGCCUCCCCCUCAUGGAAUCCAACUGCUUUGACCCCAGCAAGAUCCAGCUGCCAGACGAUGACUGACCAGGUGGGCCUCAAGGAAAGCCACCUCCCUACCCCCUGCAGGCCAUCUACCCACUCCUCAGGGCACAUAAUUAAAGGGACUGAAAAAUG